AUUAGGAAUCUAGACAGGAUGAAGUGGUUACUCGUACUCAGUUUAGCUCUCCUUGUGAGAGGCGAUGAACCACCAACACCCGUUCCUAUUGAUAUCCCAGACACCGCUCCUCCAAUUAUAGACAUUACAGAUGACGACUCCAACGACGAAUCUGAACAUAUAGUUGAACCAGAAGUAGCAGAAAUCAACUAUGACGGGAUACUACCCGAGCCACCAGUGGAUGAUCAUCAGAAUGAUACGGAUGAAUCAGAUCUCGUUAGAAGAAGGAGAUUUAUAACAACCAGCACGGUUCUCUGGCCAAAUAAUGAAGUUAUCUAUUCCUAUACUCCUAGUCAAUUUCCCAACGAAGGUUCAAAAAGCGCUAUCAUGUUCAGUAUGGAAUAUUUAGUAGAAAGAACGUGUUUGAAAUUCACUGAAGUAGAUCAAACAACCUACACCAAGUCACAUGUAAAGUUUGUCGUAGGGAAUGGUUGUUGGGCUGAUCUUGGUUACAGAGCAGGAUGGAGUACAAGAUGUAGCUGUUGUUCCAAGGGUACAUGUUACCACGAAAUGCUUCAUUUGUUAGGUUUCAUGCACGAGCAUCAACGACCAGAUAGAGAUCGAUACAUUGAAGUCGACAUAUAUCGAGUUGAUCCAGGCAAGUGGUCACAAUUCACAAGACUGCAGGAAUCUGGUGUGGAUUACACUAAUAAAAGUAUAUAUAAAGUAGGUUCAACAAUGCAUUACGCUGGAUGGGCUUUUCAGAAAGAUCAUUUCGGUGCUUCUAUAAAAACCGUCAACGACGAUUAUACUAUGGCAGACGAUUUCUACUACCCAAUCAGAGAAGUCAAUCUCCGUUACAACUGUCAACAAGUUAGCUGUGCCGAUUUUACUACCGAAUGCGUCAAUAAUGGAUAUGUUACAAAAUAUUUAGGCGAAUGUCGUUGCGUGUGCCCAGAGGGUUUGUCUUCAAAGGAUGGCUGCAGUAAAGCUCUUACAUCUGCCGACAGUGUUGACUGGCCAAGUGGUUCAUAUGCGUUUGUCGCCGCUGGAAGUGGUUGUCCAUCAGGGUUUCUUACUGGCACUAGAAAACAUUGGAGUGCUGGAUAUUCAUGGGCUCAAGGAGGCGAAAACCCAAUGAAAGGAACACAGGAUCGUUAUUCCACACAAUACGAGUUUUGUGUCAGUAAAAAUAACUUUCCCCAAAGUAAAAAUAGAUGGCAUGCUGGUGUUUAUUGUUUACAUAGAGUUGGUGGAACUUGUCCUGAAGGGUUUAAAAGUGGUACAGUUCAAUUAGAUGACUAUAUCAGAUCAGCUGGCUAUUUUAAUAACUCCAAAGCCGGCGAUUUACCUGACGGCGUUUUUGGUGAUGAUACUAAAUUUGAAUUUUGUUGCCGAACUGAUGGAAUGAAAACUAUACCCAUUGAAGUCCCUACAACGAACGAGUUUGUCUUGUACAACUCCGAUAACACAGUGAGUCCAGAAUGUCAACAAGUUAAAAAUUUCAAUUCUAGAAAAUUUUACUUUUCUUUCCACAACUUCGGAGGUGCAUCGACAAAAGCAUCAUUGACCGGUUCUCGUCCAUUUACUUAUAAGUAUAGCCAAACAUAUCUGUUUUAUAUCUGUCAUUAUAUUCCUCUUGAUCUAUCAUGUGGUGGUACAAUAGAGCUAAAUAGCAAUAACCCAUCCCAAACAUUUUCAACACCAAACUACCCCCAAAAGUAUGGAUCUAAUCAAAGAUGUAAUUGGUUGAUAACGGCCCCAGAAGGAAGUAAAGUUUAUCUAGAUUUUGAAAAUUUUGAUGUACAUUGUACAGAUAAUGUUCAAGUCAGAGUGUUGAAUAUUGGUGAAGUUCAUACCAGUUUCUGUGAUCACAAUGGCAAAACCUUCAGAAGUUAUAGUAACAAAAUGACAGUUAUAUUUACGUCUUCACAAUGGUCAGAGGCUACCGGAUUCCAAGCAAAUGUCAGAUAUUUAACAAACGAAGAUAAUUGUUAUGAUUUUGAAGAUGAUGGAGCAUCGUAUCGUGGUAAUGCCAGCGUCACUAAAUAUUUUGAACCUUGUUUACCAUGGAGUGAAACUGGUAACUGUAAAUAUUCAAGCCAGCAUCCUAAAGAUGCUUUAGCUGGUUUAGACAGUAAUUACUGCAGAAAUCCUGGUUCAGCUGAAAGACCAUGGUGUUAUACGGACGCUACAGACUGUACACGACGAGUAUGUGAUGUUUGCCAACAAGGAAAGGUACAUGACACAUAUUCAGAUUGUCAGACUCUCAUUUCAACUGUUCCUAACUUUUGUUCACAAGAUCCCAGAGCUGCUGCCAAUUGUAGAUUAUCAUGUAUUGCAGAUCAUCCUUUACCAGCUAAGCCUGCUUCAAGAUCUUCUGUAAGUUGCAGUCCACCCUCUUCUGUUCCCUCUGAUGGUACUACUACUGAUGUAGCUAAAACAUCUUAUAACGUUGGUGAUACAAUUACAUACACUUGUAACGACAACCCUGCGUCAAGUGUAACCUUGACUUGCUUAAUUGAUGGAAAAUUUGAUGGCUUUUCAAGUGCCUGUAAAAUGUGUGAUGAUGGUUGGAUGGCCCUUGAUGGUAUAUGUUAUUUCAGAGAACCCUUGCCAAUGCAUUACAAUGCUGCUCGUACAAAUUGCGAAGGCAAAGGGGCAAAACUGAUUAUGCCGAAGGGAAAAAUUGCAUAUGACUUUUUAGUUCAUAACAGAGACGAAAGGGAAACAUGGAUUGGUGCCAAUGAUAUCGCAACUGAAGGUGUUUGGAGAUGGCUUGAUAACACUAUUAUUGAUGCGGAUGAUUUACAUUUUGGAUACGGUCAACCAUCAAAUGUAAGUGGUCGGGAUUGUGCUAGUCUACUGUCUAUUAGAAAUAAGAUGAUUUGGGUAGAUAAAACGUGUAGAUAUACGAGCGUUCGUUACAAUGUUAUAUGUGAAAAACCAGGACGUUCAGGUACAUGCCAUGACGUGAUUUCUGACUGUGCUGCAAAAGCUAGUCAAGAUUCGCAAUUCUGCAGUCCCGCAAAUGCAUUGUCCUCAUUAUAUUGUAGAGGAUAUUGUGGAUGUGGUGCAACUUGUACUGAACCAAGUGUAGUACCGAAUUCGGCUAUAAAAUCAAAUACUCAAGAGCAACUAGUUCGUGAAUGUACCUCUGGAUACAUGGCAACUUCUGGCGACUUAACAAGAUAUUGUUUGGGUGAUGGUUCAUUCUCAGGAUCAGCUCCAGUCUGUGAAGAUGAGACAAACGCGAAUGUUGUAACACCAACAAAUAAUGUACCACUAAAGGCUCGAGGUCAGAAAAUGUCUACUCUUAAAGGUUACAUGUUCACCGGUGACUAUGAUGACUUCAAGAUUCCUCGAGCUGGAGAAAUUAUAAGCUGGGAAUACUUCAGUGCACAUUCUGGUAAUGUUGCUUUAAUGGCAUUUAAAUACAACGGAACAGAUCUUAAGAUUGUUGGCUUUAAUUACAUAACGACUCAAAGUUCAAGCGCAAUACACUCAAUAUAUCAAGUACCAAUAGCUGAUAGAAUUGAUGUUGAAAAGGGUGAUAGAAUUGGUCUAUGGUUCCCAGAAGACAAACAGGUUAUUGAGGUUAACUUCCAUGAGGACUCUCUGGAAUGGAGGUACCCACGAAAACAAUUUCGAAGAAGUAUGACAUCCUUGGCUAGCACAACCGAUUUAGUCAUAGGAACAACUUAUGGGUUCUAUGUAUCAAGUUCGAGCACAGCAGAAGGGAGAACUUUGUAUGGUUCCUUUUCGCUCAGGGCUAACAUUGGGCCUCGUACAUAAAACGGAACAAACAUGAUGAUAAACAGUUAUUGAUGAAUUAAACAUAUCAUAUUGCAUGAUAA